AUGUCGUCCUCAUCGCAAGCCCCGGAGUCAUGGAUAUCGGCGUUCUGCUCACUAGUUGGCCACGAGUAUUUUGCGGAGGUGUCGGAAGAUUUCAUUGAGGAUGACUUCAAUUUGACGGGCCUGCAGAGCCAGGUGCCGAUGUAUAAAGAGGCGUUGGAAAUGAUACUCGAUGUGGAGCCGGAAGACGCCAGCGAUGAGGAGGAAGAAGAAGAAGAGGAUGACGACGAGGAUGAAGACGAGAUGCAUGAUGGUAUUGAUGGACUCGGCAGAGGGAGCUAUCGAAGAGCAGCAGACGCGGCCGCAGCUGCGGCAGAAAGAAGACAUCUGCGCAUGGCCAGCGACUUGAGCAUGAUUGAGAGCUCCGCAGAGAUGCUCUACGGUCUCAUACAUCAACGCUUCAUCACGAGUCGGCCGGGCAUACAGCAGAUGGCAGAGAAGUACGAGCUCGGCCACUUCGGCCACUGUCCGCGCGUACAUUGCCAUGGCGCGAAAGUACUACCGGUGGGCUGCUCAGAUAUUCCCGGACAGGAGACAGUCAAGCUGUUCUGUCCGAGCUGUCUGGAUGUCUACAGUCCGCCAAACAGCCGCUUCCAAACUGUGGACGGAGCCUUCUUCGGGACCACAUUCGGCUGUCUGUUCUUCAUGACCUUUCCCGAACUCGACGUCGGCGGCCAAAAGCCUCCAUCGUCUCUUGACGCCUCCGCAUCUCCUCUGCCGGGCAGUUCGGACAAGAACGGCCGAUCCUCGCUUUCCUCAUCCCUAACAUCACAACAGCCUGGCGUCCCACCACCUCCUCUGGAAGCACAACCGCUCCCUAAACAGCCCGACUCGAUCAACGGCGUGACACCCAAGAACCUCGCACCCGGACUUGGCCUAGGUAGCAUCUACGAACCACGAAUCUACGGCUUUCGCGUCAGCGAGAUCGCCAAGACGGGUCCUCGCAUGAAGUGGUUGCGCAGCCGUCCUCGGGAUGUCAACGAACUCGACGAAUGCAGAUUAUGGGCGCACAAUCAGGAGGUGUUACAGCAGUUCGCUGCAGCGAAUGCAGCGGGAGCGGACGUCGCGGACUCGGAGAUGGCGGACGAGGUGGAGGAGGGUGAGGGGGAAGUGGACGAUCAAGACAUGGACGCUGAGUCGGGUCAAGUACGGAGUAACGGCAACGGGAACAUCAAAGAGGUCACACAGCGAAAGAAGCCGGGUGGCGCCUCGACGAGGAGAAAGGGCACGGGUCAUCCAGAUAUUACCGCUGGCGCUGGGUUGGCGAAUGGUGAUGGUGCGAGGGCAGUUCGGGUGGGAGAUGGAGCUUCAUAA